AAAGAAAAGGAAAAAUUCGUUCAGGAAGCACAUAAGCACAAAAACUAUUUAAUCUCAUAUUCCUACAUAUAUACACACAUAUAUAUAUAGCGGUUUUUUCCUCUUUUCUCCACUUUUUCUCAAACCCUGCAACACAUGAAGAGAGCUUGAAAUCUUGAAAUUCUGGUUAGUCUCCUUUUUCUUCCUCGAUAAUAUUUUUUAAGGGCGGAAUCAAAAAUUAUAUGGAGUCGAAAGUUUAUUUGGUUUAGUGUUUCUAUCUGGGUUCAUAUAUGUUCGAAAAUUGAAGAAAAAAAUGAAUCUUGGCGGCUUACAAGCAGUGAAAUCCAUGUCUGUACCAAGUUCAAGUCUUUCUAGGAAGUCAGGUGAUGGAGUCUCGGACCAGUUUCCGGCUGGUCUCAGAGUGCUUGUUGUGGAUGAUGACCCCAUUUGUCUCUUGAUCUUGGAGAAGAUGCUCAAGAAGUGCCUCUAUGAAGUAACCAAGUGCAAUCGAGCAGAGCUUGCAUUAAAUUAUCUCAGGGAAAACAAGAAUGGUUAUGACAUUGUUAUAAGUGAUGUUCACAUGCCGGAUAUGGAUGGUUUCAAACUUCUCGAGCAUGUUGGACUCGAAAUGGACCUCCCUGUUAUCAUGAUGUCCGCGGACGAUGGCAAAAAGGUUGUGAUGAAGGGGAUUACUCACGGUGCUGUGGAUUAUCUCAUCAAACCAGUUCGUAUUGAGGCUCUGAAGAAUAUAUGGCAGCAUGUGGUUCGCAAAAACAAGGACGAGUAUAAAGGAAAGGAUUGUGAACAAACAGGAAGUGUGGAAGAUGGAGAGCAGCAGCAAAAACCACCAGAAGAUGCUGAAUAUUCGUCUUCAGCCAAUGAAGGGAAUUGGAAAAAUUCGAAGAAAAGAAAGGACGAGGAAGAUGAAGCAGAAGAAAGGGAUGAUACAUCUUCAUUAAAGAAACCACGCGUGGUUUGGUCAGUCGAGCUCCAUCAGCAGUUUGUCACUGCUGUUAAUCAUCUUGGACUAGACAAGGCCGUUCCUAAGAAAAUUCUGGAACUAAUGAAUGUUCCGGGACUUACAAGGGAGAAUGUUGCAAGCCAUCUUCAGAAGUAUCGUCUUUAUCUUAGAAGGCUAAGCGGCGUAUCACAGCAUCAGAAUGGACUCAAUAAUGCAUUUAUGGGACCCACAGAUGCAACCUUUGGGUCUAUGUCUUCUUUCAAUGGGAUUGAACUUCAAGCUCUUGCUUCUUCAGGUCAGCUUCCACCACAAAGCCUCGCUAUAAUCCAGGCAGCAGCACUUGGUAGGGCUACAAACAAAUCACCCGUACCGGUGCCACUAGUCGAUCAAAGAAAUCUUUUCAGCUUUGAAAGUCCUAAGUUAAGGUUCGGCGAGGAUUCACUUCUUAACAAUAAUAGUAAGCAAAUCAACUUGCUCCAUGGUAUCCCGACAAAUAUGGAACCAAAGCAGCUUGCUACUUUGCACCAAUCUGCACAAUCGUUGGGGAACCUGAAUAUGCAACUCCAAUCUCAGUCAAGCCAAAGCGGCUCUCUACUGACACAGAGGCCUCAAUCUCAGCCUAGGACACCAUUAUUAAAUGAAAUCAAUGGUAGCCAUGUCUCAACUCUUCCAUCAUCUCUAGGUCAACCCAUCAUGUCGCAGGCGCUCCCCAGCUCUGUUUUGCCCCGAAAUGGAAUUGAAAACGUUCGUGGGGGAACAUUUGGUUCUGUUUCACAGCCCUCUUCGGCCCUAGAUUUUUCUGUAAAUCAUGGGACUGAGUUUCCGGGUAACAGUUUUCCUCUCAUGAGUAAUUCAGGUAUACCUAUUCUUACCUCUAAAGGGAUGCUGCAAGAAGAGGUUAAAUCAGAAAUGAAAGUGCCUAGAGGUUAUCUUCCUAAUUAUGACACUUUUGAUGAGCUGAAUCAGAACAGAACUCAAGAUUGGGGUGUGCAGACUGUUGGAUCAACUUUUGACGUGUCUCAGCAUUCAAACUUACAGGGAAGCCUAGAUGUUUCACCGUCAAUUUUAGUUCAACAAGGGUUUUCUUCAAACCUUAAGAGUGAACAAAGCAGGAAUAUACCUGUCAGUAAGGCAACCUUCGCAGUUGGGGACAGUAGAGCUGGUAACAUUUCCAACCCCAGUCAACAACUUAACUCAUCUCCUGCUGAUAUUUCACAAAGGAUCAAGGCUGAAAGACUGCCCAACAUGGGCUUCCAGAAUACCUUCUUUCCUGAACAGUUUGGUCAGGAUGAUCUCAUGAGCGCACUUCUCAAACAGCAAGAAGGCACGGGAGCUGUUGAAAGCGAGUUUGGCUUUGAUGGGUAUCACUUGGAUAAUCUGCCUGUGUGACACAUCUUCCUGCUGUAGCUUAUUGUAUCUUUAGCACUUUCACCCAGUUGCUGAAUGACCCGUUCUGAUUGAAGGCUAAAGAUUUGGUUUCACGUCUGCUACCAGAAGUAGGAUAUUGUUAAUUUAGCUGCAUUAUUCUGGUGUGAAUAGCAAGCUGUGUUUAUUUCUUUUGAAAUUAUAAUGCAAAGCAUGAUGCUCGGUCAGGUGGAUCAGCUAAUAUUGAAGCUAAUGAAGGGGUAACAUGCAAGAUAUGCAAAGAAAGGCGAAAUUUUGACUGCUUUCAGAGUAGGCUAUUGUAGUAGAUACAGUAUUAUUUUUGGGAACUUGUGAAAUUUCCUCGUUUGCGGGUGCCAGUCUAUUUCUCUCUGCAAACUUGUUUCUGCUAACUCAAAUAAAACAAAUGUUUAUUUUUCCAGAAUUUGGAUGCUGUGUAUAGAUUGGAUUUGAAUUCAAGAAACUAUUUUUGCCAUU